GAUACAAUGAAUAAUGCUUGACUUGGCGUCAACUCAGUAUCUCCCUUUACCUCCCUUUCUGUUUCACCUUUAGUUCACUGAUUCUUUUACUGGUGUAACCUGCUUUGCUUUUGAAUAUUAAAGAACUUGUCGACUACUUCAGUUGAUGACUAUGAAAACAUACGUUUUCUUGUGCAUGUUUGUGUACUAUGAAAACUUAGUCACCAAGAGUCGAAUCAACUCCACACACAUAUAAAUCCCUCUCUUGUUGUAUUGUAGGAGCCAGUGCGAAAUCAUAAAGAUGAAUAAUUUUAGCAGCAGUAGUGGAAAGAAAGCUUCAGGAAUAAAGGGUAGAGGCCUUAUUAAUGAGGUUUUUUCUUGGCCUCUUGCUGCACUUGGAAACCAUAGCCACUAUCAUGGAAAGGUGAAGCCAAUUCCAGACAAGUUUUCAUCCACAGAGGAGUAUACAGAGUCAUUCAAGUUGCCUCUUCUUGAGGAAACACAUGCAGACUUGGUGUCAAAAAUGGCGUCAGUAAAAUCUGCUCCCGUUCGUGAGAUAAGUUCGUUAACAACCGCCAGAGACUUCAAUCCACCCAGAGACUUGGUCUAUACACUCAUUCUGAAGAGCAAAAGCAAAGGCAGUGGACAAAACAAUUAUGGCAAAGAAAUGUAUGUGCCAGAGGUAGGGGAUCUCAUUGCCUUGACUACUACAAAGCCGAAACACAUCAGUGAUCUGGACAAGCCUAGAAGUCCUUAUCUUCUUGCUGUAGUCGUAAAGGCCAAGGUUGAAAGUUCUGAUACAGUUGAAAUAUUAGCCUCAAAGCAAGUUAGUUUGUUUCCGAGUGUGGAGAGAAGAACAGAAUUUACACGGAAGCAGGAUGAGAAAAUGUACGCAGUGCACCUUACCAAUAUGACAACAAAUAUUCGUAUAUGGCAAGGUUUGAACAACGAGCUAGAAGGCAGAAGCAUGAAACUUAUAGAACAAUUAAUCAAGAAGGACUCCAUGAUUGGUGCAAAUUGUUCAAUUUGUUUUGCUGAACACACCAAAGAUGCUACAAAAUCGGAUUUAAAGGAUGUUAUUUGUCGUUUCAACUUAAAUGAAUCACAAGAAUCAGCUGUUUGGACUUGUAUAAAUGCAAGAGAGUGCCAUCAUAAGCAAACUGUAAAACUAAUAUGGGGACCUCCAGGAACUGGGAAAACGAAGACAGUUGCUUCAUUACUCUUUGCCUUGUCAAUUAUGAAAUGCAGGACAGUGACUUGUGCUCCCACAAAUAUUGCAGUGCUGGGGGUUGCAGCCCGUUUUAUGAGUCUAUUGAGGGGUGCCCUCGAACAUGAUACUUAUGGUAUUGGUGAUAUAGUUUUGUUUGGAAAUGGUGAGCGGAUGAAGAUUGAUGAUCAUGAAGAACUUCUUGAUGUGUUGCUGGAGAGACGCGUCCCAAUUCUUUCUAGAUGUCUUUCUCGUUGGAGGAGUUGCUUAGAAUCAAUGAUAUGUUUCCUUCAAAACCCUGAAAAGGGAUUUGAUCUGUACUUGCAAGCGCUGAAAGAGACAAGUCACAGUGAAGAUCAAGAAGACGAGGGAGAAGUAAAUGAACAUGAACUCUGGAAGAAGCUAAGUGCUCAAAACAUGGAAGAGAACAAGAAGCAAAAGUUAAAGUCAAAAAAACCUUUUCUUUGCAGUGGUUUGAAGGAACUUUUGACUGAGGAAGAAAUCGAACCUCAUCAGGAAAAUGAUUAUGACGAAGGUGCUAAAACAUUGAGAGGUUUCAACCCAAAGAAGGACAACAAAGGAAAAGCCCAACUAGCAGACGAUGGAGAUGAUUAUUGUGAGACUCUUGCUCGGUUAGUGAACAAGCAGAAGAAAGCUAGAGAGGAUCAGUUAACUUUCUGUAAAACUGCAACACUUAGUAUAGAUCAGAAACCCCAGAAGCAAAAUGUGAAUGUACAAGAGAAGGGCUGGACUUUGGAUGAAUUUAUCAUUAAAAGGUACAAUAUCCUUGCGAAUCAACUGGUGUUCCUUCUUCAAAACUUAUACAAACAUUUGCCAACCUCCUUUAUCCCCCUAACAGUAGUAAAGACAAUGAUAAAAGCUAUUGCUUUACUUCAUUGCAUCCAAACACUGUUGCAAGAAGUUGCUGCUUCAAGUACAGGACUGGCUGAAGUAUUUAAAGGGAUCAAAGAAGGGGAUAGUAUAAGCUCUAAAGAGUUUCAUAAGAAUAAAACAGAGUGCCUUGAAGUGCUGGUUGUCCUUCGUGACACUUUAACAGUUCCACAAUUCUUGGAUGAUUAUGAGAUCAGUAGUUUCUGUUUAAAAAACGCGUGCCUAAUCUUCUGCACUGCCAACAGCUCUAUAAAAUUACAUACCGAGGGCAUGACACCAGUGGAAUUGCUGGUUGUUGAUGAAGCUGCACAACUCAAAGAAUGUGAAUCUACAAUCCCGUUGCAACUUCCUGGUCUUCGUCAUGCUAUACUUGUAGGAGAUGAGAGGCAACUUCCUGCAAUGGUUCAAAGCAAGAUAAAGGCUGAAUUUGGUAGAAGCUUAUUCCAAAGAUUGGUUUUGCUCGAAAAGAACUUGUUGAACGUGCAGUACAGGAUGCAUCCAGAUAUAAGCAUGUUCCCCAAUAAGUUUUUCUAUGAGAAUCGAAUACUCAAUGGUUCAAAUGUAGUUGAAAUGACUAACCAUAAGCAUUUCUUCGAAGGAAACAUGUUUGGCUUCGGGUCUUAUGCUUUCUUAAAUAUAUCAAAUGGGAGGGAAGAGAUCAAUAACAGUUACAGCAGGAAAAAUACAGUGGAAGUUGCAGUGGUUGCUGAGCUAGUAGCAAGACUCUUUAAAGAAUCUGUAUCGAAAAAGCAGAAGGUUAGUGUUGGUUGCAUAGCGCCAUACAAGUCUCAAGUUCUGGCAAUACAGGAAAAACUAGGAGAUACAUACAGUAGGGAAGCAGACAGCGAUUUUUGUGUGAAUGCUCGAUCUGUGGAUGGUUUUCAGGGCGGUGAAGAGGAUGUGGUCAUCAUAUCUACUGUAGCUUGCAAUGCAGAUGGAUAUAUUGGCUUUUUCGCAAAUCAUCAGAGAGCAAAUGUGGCUUUAACUCGCGCAAGGCAUUGCCUCUUAAUAUUGGGAAAUGAAGAAACACUGGAAAAGAGUGGAACCAUUUGGUGGGAUUUAGUCCUUGAUGCAAAGAAGAGGGGCUGUUUCUAUGAUGCUAGUAUAGAUAGUGGUCUGGCUCAAGUUAUGGCAGAUGCAUUGGUUGAUGGUGGACAGUCCUUGUCCAGACAAUUUGCUGCAAUGAAUCUAAGGAAUGAAGAAAGACCAUGGCCUAGCAGUACUCGAAAUUAUUCCGGUGAUAGGAAAACCUUUGCAUCUCCUAGAUACAAAUAUGGAAGAAGUUCAUCUGACCGGAGCUGGAGGCAUGAUUAAUUGAUUAUCAAACAUGGAUUUUACAGAGUAUUGUGAGAUUUUGCUUUCUUCAGCAGAUCUCUUAUUAUUGUAACAUAGUAUAUUGAAUGUAUUCCAUCCAACCAGCAUACUAUUUCUCUAGAUAUGUAAUGAUCAAUAUAAAUUAACAACUCGCAUGUAAAAGUUCUGUAAAUUUGUUUGGAUUACUAACUGAGUUAUGUCAUAUUGUAUGCUUUCGCUUUUCUGCUG